AUGCCAUAUGCUCUGGCUCAGAGUCACAUUUCUCGUGCUCUGCAAUCCCACCAAGCUCCGGUUCAGGGCACUCUCCUCGACCCCCGUGCUGUUGGCCACCAUGCCAAGCACAUCGAUAUCAUGGAGUCAGGCUGGCGCUCAUACUUCCCUUUAUUUGAGCUCUGUCCUUCCACUGACCUGCUGGUCAAGCGCACUGAGGCAGAGUCUUGUGCUAUGGAAUGCAGCCUGUCCUUUGCCAACUUCCGUGAGGCAUCUCAGAACCUCGUCCUGCUCAUCUCCUCCUACCUUACCUCUCCUGACCGCAUUGCCAUCACUGCCUCCUGGCAGAAGCACCAUGACCUGAUCUUUGGCCACCCCAAUGUAUACUCGGCCUUUGCCACAUACCUAAUCUAUGACGAGUCCCUUCACAUGGCCUUCCCUAAACACUCUGGUGACUUCGACCCCAGUGUCUUCCAGGUCCGUGUGUGGCAGUCCAUCCUUGAUCAGCAGCACGAGGAACACAUGGUGAAGUUCGACCAUAUGAUGGUCCACAUGAGCUCCAGCACCUCUGUGAGCAAGCCUCUGGCUGCUCCAGCCCACCCUUCUGCCUCCCCAUCCUCUGCUCCCUCAAGAAAGCACCCUCAUCCUGCCCAAACCUCCUUUUGGAGGGAGGCUGCUGCAGACUCCAGGGAUAAGCCCACCUCUUCUUCCUUUUGCAUCACGUCCCUCUGCUGGUUCUGCGGGGAGCUCCACUGCCCCAAAGAAUGCCCUUCUGUUGACAACAGCUGGCUCGUCAAAGAUGCUCAAGGUGCCUGGAAGGGUCCUGGCAACAUCUCAGUUUGCUUCUUCUUCAACGGCUCCAAGGGGUGCUGUUAA